CACAUGUGCAAAUGCUCUCUGCGAGGCCGCAUGACAGGCCUCACAGAGGGCAUUUAUGGAUGCACGGCAGCUGCCAAAAUUGCUGCCGCUCACCUUUACGGAGGCCCCAAAGGCCCCAAAAUACUACAUUUACCCGGCCACAGUGGUGAUGAGGGAGGCCAGCAGGGGGAGGGGGAACCCUCACAGACACACACACACACCCCAUGGCCUACCGCAAGCUCCCCGAAGGGGCUACAGCUAAGGGUGCAAAAGGAGCCAAGGGCGCAAAAGGAGCCAAGGGUGCAAAAGGAGCCAAGGGUGCAAAGGCAGCCAAGGGUGCAAAAGGAGCCAAGGACGCAAAAGGAGCAAAAGGAGUGAAGGAUGCAAAAGGAGUGAAGGAUGCAAAAGGAGCAAAAGGAGCAAAGGAUGCAAAAGGAGCAAAGGGGCCUCGGGGACCUAAAACAAGUUUCCUUGAUAGGCGCUUCGUUACUAACAUCAUGGCUGUGGUUUGCGUGGUCCUGUUUGUAAGCUUGAUCGUGGUUGUUUCUCUGUUUGCAAAGGAAACACAAGAAGCAAAAGAGAAAUUUCAGCGUCCAGCAUUGGCUAAGCUUCUAGAGAUUAUGGUGGACCGCGAUAUAGACUCUGCCCAACGGAUGGAUGGAAAACUUCUUGAGAGAGCUAAUGAAGAUUUCGAUAAAAUUAUCAUCAUGGGCCAAAAAAUUGAUGAGUUGAUGCUUGGAGUUGCUCAAAGAUGAAGCCCACUGGAGGGAAAGAGAAGGGCUUUCAAGAUUUAAAGGGAAACUCUAUUACAUAGGCAAGGAAGCAAUGCCAUAUGCUGCUGCAAAGGCCUACUGUAAAUUAAGAGGUGUUCAAUCCGUUUAUGUGUUUGGACUAGACUGGGAUUUAGAGGUGAUAAACGUAAGAACGGACGGAAAUGGUGGUGUGAGCUCAAGUUGCGGCUCUGCAGAUCAAGUACAGUGGGAUGCCCGAAAGGAAGCCAGUGGAAUUUGUGACAGACCAUAUUGAAUGGGCAUGCACUGGAGUAGGCCUAUCUAGAAGAAGAAACAAACAAACAAAACACCUCCUGAUAUAUGGCUUGGACUUGAGAAGAGAGGGACAAACUGGAUAACACGAACCUUUAAAAGUCACUGAAUACAAUUUUCUCUCUUUUUGUUUCGGACUGCGAUCUGCUUGCAGCUACAUAAGAAACUGUUGAAUGCAUUGCCAGGAGAGCCAACAGAUUCCUCUGGUGAAAACUGUGUUGUAGAUUGCAAAUCACAUCUUUAUUGCUGGAACAACCUUUUCUGAACUGAGCCUAGUCCUUGGACCUGGACAAGCUUGGACCUGGUGGGUGUAAAUCCCCAGCAUCUGGAUCCCUCCACACAAACUGAAGAAAGAGACCAAGCCCUAGUCUCAAGCACAAGCCACGUUGAAACCCAGAACUGCUCCAGGCAGCCUGCCCACUACUGGCAAUGGGACGUGAAAGACCUCCGCUCUCCGCAUUGAUCAGCGCUAAGAACCCCACCCCCCUCUUUAUCGUUGCUUCCUCCAAGCUUACUUAUUUUGCAUGCCCCAGAGCUGUAGGUGGGCACAAUAAAGCGUGAAAGAGUAAAGUCA